CACAUCACAUGUGACCUUCAGGAGCCUUUUCUUCUUCUGGAACAUUGAGUUUCUUCAGGAUCUUUUUUUUAUUUUCUGUUGUUGUUGUAAACAUCGUUGUGGUUGUUAACGACUGCUGUGAUUAUGGGAUGGACUCAUGUAUGUGUCGUAGCUGCGUCGCUAAUGUUGUUUCAUCAGUGUGAAGCUUCCUCCGUCUCCAUGACAGGCUUCACUGUGGACGAGGGCCCCCUGGUGCAGCUCGUCCAGGAGGCCCACCGGCGAGAGAAGCGCUGCUCGUGUGAGAACCAGAAAGACAAGGAAUGCAUUUUUUUCUGCCACAUCGGCAUCGUGUGGGUGGACACGCCGGGUCACGUGGUUCCGUACGGAUUUGGAUCAGUGAGAUUCAGGAGGGAACUGGAGCGCUGCCUCUGUACGAACACACGGGACCACAAAUGUGUGAGAUUCUGCUCAGUCCACACGCUAAUGCAAGAAGAAAACUUGGCAGUGAAGCAGACGACAGAAAUGCGACUGCAUAGACGCAGAGGUGCAUUCUGGGAGAAGAGGAGCCAUCACACACUCAGACAACUGACCUGAGAGACAGGAGGACAGGAGGACAGGACAUGGACAGGUGGAUGCUCCCGUCCACCUGCUGCUCUGACGCCACUCUGGACUGUGUUUAUGUAAAUAUAUCCAAUCAGUUCGUCUUUUUCAGGCGGUGGGCGGAGCUCAAUCCUCCACCAGGGACUGAAAUCAAUAACUUGAUACAACUUCACAUUAACUUUUAUAUUUAGUUUUCGUCCUUGUCCCACCUACUGACAUAGAGUAUAGACACAUAGAGUAAGCUUAUGAUGCUUUCCCUUUGUGAUCGCGAUUCAAACGCGAUUCAAACGUAAAUCUAUGACAAUGUUAUUUUACCGUGACAUGAGGAUAAAUAAUAACAAUAAACUCAUGUAACAACUUCAUGUUGUAUCUUCUCUAAAGGUUUCAAUUUAAGGAUUAAAAUGUCUUAAAUUUACACACACACACACACACACACAGUCUCUGUGUAAUCUUAGAUUACAGACAUCAGGCUUCACCCGUUCACAUUUACUAAUCUAAAAAAAAAAUGCAUGAAAAUGACUUUAAACAUUAAAGAAUGAUCGAUGUUGUGAGGACAUUUCUGUGGACGUCCUCUCUAAUCUCUGCUGAUUGAGGGCAUGUUGACACUCUAUUAUACGCGUGUCUGGCACCAUCUAGUGGACCAGAUUCAAGACACUUUGUUGUCAUUUCCACAUUAAACAGCAAAUGUGAACGGAAGUGUGUUUCUCUCAGCUCUGUUUUUCUGCCAAUAAAGAAAUAGAAAUAAGAGAAAUAUGUACAGAAUAAACACAAGGGAGCACGCUACAUGUACACAUAUGUACAUGUAUGUAUACAUAUGUACAUAUGUAUACAUACAUACAUACAUACAUGUGUACAUAUGUGUACAUGUAUGUAUACAUAUGUACAUAUGUAUACAUACAUGUUUGUAUGUAUACAUACAUACAUACAUGUACACAUAUGUACAAAUGUGGAGCCCAAGGGGGAAGAAGCCCUUAAAAGACCUGAGGUCACAGCAGCUGGGCGUGGCUGAGAGGGCAAACAUUUCUUUGACCGUGUUGAAGCCCAUGUGAAUCAGUGUUAAGCCAUAUGACUUUAAGUUUAUUUUAAUUUUGUCAUUCUACUUUGUAUCAAUAAAUCGCUAGAAGAGCAACUAAAACAA